UAGUGGCGGGUCCCGCACUCCACUCCACUCCACUCCAGUGACUCUCCACUCUGCCCACCUUCCAGUCCCGUCGCCGUCGCCCGGUCGCCGCCCGUUUCCGUGGAGAUGGAGAGGAGCGGCGGCAGCCAGAGCCAGAGCCAGCUGACCCAUCCAGCGGUGGACGUCGACGAGGCACAGGCAGCAGCCCUGGGCGUCACCAAGAGAGAGCGCAAGAGAAGCAGGUACCUCUCCCCUCCCUACACUGACACAGGUGUCCAAGAAAAGAAGGCCGCCGGCAGCCACAAGCAGCGAGAGGAGGAGGAGGAGGAGGGGCCGCCCCCGCCCCAUGUCUCCGCCUCGGAGGUGCUCUCCGCUCUCCGACUCCGAGCCACCGCGCUCGCGCAGGGGGAAGGGAUGGAUGCGGCGGCCCUCCGUUUCCUGGCCAUAUACAGGAACAAGAAGAGCAUCUUCGUCGUCGACGACCAUCCCGAUUCCCAUGCUGCCGCCGGCGGUGGCGGUGGUUCACAAGACGAUGGUGGCAACAAGCCUCCAUCAGCAUCAGCUGCUGCUGGUCUUGGCCGCAAGAUGCUCAACCUCAAUGCAGGCCCUGACGAUGGAUCCCUGACCAAGAAGAAGAAGAAGAAUCCCCAUCCUCCACCUGCUGCAGGUGCCAAUGCCAAGCAACAAAAGGACGAUGGCACCAUGGAGAAUGCUGCAGUGCUUCAACAUGCUAUUGCUACUCAUGGGCUUGCAUCCCAAUCGCCUGGUGUUGCUGCUGCUGCAACUCAUGGGCAUCCCAAUCAUCCUCCUGUGGUGACAACAGUAAAACCCUCCGUUAAUAAUGAGAAGAAGGAGAAGAGGAACAAGAAAAGGUUCAAGACCAUUGGGCAGCACAGCUAUGUCGAGAAUCCUGUGGCUCUUGUGCUGGACUUCGCAGAGGGAAUUCCCCUGCCCUCCAGGGAGGACCUCUUCUCCACAUUCAGUGGGUUUGGCCUUGUGAUCGACUCCGAGACCACCAUCAGCCAAGACAAGCGCACCGCGCGUGUGGCGUUCGCCACCAGGGUUCAAGCAGAGGCUGCCUUGAGCUCUGCCACAACUCUCGGCGGCGCAUUUGGACCUCCAUUUGCAGUGCCAAGCCUCCAGGACCUCCCUCCCAUCACGCUCAACACGCCUCCUCCGCCUCUUCCAAAGAUCCCUCUCACAGAUAUUAGGAAUAAUCUUGGGAAGAUGAUCUUGUCCUUGUCGUUUAAAGCCACAGCGGCACCUCAAGAAGCAAAUGCAAAGACGGCCGUGGACAGUCUGAGUCUUGUGGGAGAAAUGCAACGUCUUCUUGCCAAGGUUAACAAAGUGCUGCAGGUGCAGGAUGCUUCUGCUACAGCUCAUCACGCUUAGGCUCAGCUCAGAGAAGUCACCACCCUUUUGCUAGGUUCUGUUACCGACCCAUGUUGCUUCUAGCUGCUGAUCGUCUGUCUUUUGUAGCUCUGGUGCGGAUCCUCAAAUCCCAUUUCAGCAGCUGUAAUCCUAGUUUCUCACCGCGUGCAAUUGUGUAAAUGGUAGAUCUGCAUGCAUCGCUGCUCUAUGUAGUGGUACUCUGUAACAGAUUAUGCUAUAUAUGCAGCAUCCUUUGCUUUAAAA